GCAUUCUUUUUGUGACAAUUUUGAUAGUUUUUUGACGAGUUCAAAGUUUGAGUUUUUUCAAUGUUUUUCCGCCAAAUUGAAUCUUUGAUUCAGCGUUCAAAGUCGGCUUCUGAUCUUCUGCAACUACUGUCGCUGAUCAUCAAAACCUCUUUCAAUCACGACCCUUACAUCAUCUCUCUUGCGGUCUCAUCCUCGACUCGUGUUUCGAUCAAUCUCGCGAGAUCGGUCUUUGAUUCCCUUAACGUUGAAUCACCACCCCUUUUCGCAUGGAAUUCGCUUAUAAGAGCGUACACGGAGACCGCUACACCGAUCGAAUCGGUGAAAUUGUUUACCCGAAUGCGGAAUUCUGGUCUCGAGCCGGAUAAAUUCACGUACCCAUUUGUGUUGAAGGCCUGUGGUCGAUGUUCGAUGAUUAGAGAAGGGAAGGUGGUGCAUUCGAUGGUUUUGAAAGUUGGGCUAAAUUCGGAUAAGUAUAUAUUGAAUACACUCCUUCGAAUGUACUCUGCCUGCGGAGAAAUCGAGCUCGCGGAGAAGGUGUUCGAUGAAAUGCCUCUUAGGGAUGUCGUUUCUUGGAGCUCGAUGAUCGCUGGGUAUGUUUCCUGCAAUUGCCCGAGCGUUGCAGUCAAAGUUUUUCGGCACAUGAAGUUGGCUAAUGAAGUGCCAAACUCGGUCACGUUGGUGAGCUUGCUUCAAGCUUUAACCCGCCUGUCUGAUGAGAAAACAGGGAAAACUGUUCAUUCAUACAUCAUUACCAACAGCAUAGAGCUGGAUGUUUCUCUUGGAACUGCCCUAGUCGAGAUGUAUUCACGGUGUGGGCAUGUUGAGGAGGCAUUACGAGUUUUUCAUUCGAUGAAAGAUAAGAAUCUGCAGACGUGGACAGUAAUGAUAUCGGGUCUUGCCGAUAACGGUUAUGGGAAUAAAGCUAUUGGGGUUUUCACCCAGAUGGAGCAGAUCUGUCUGAUACCAGACAGCGUAUCCUUUUCAGCUCUCCUUUCAGCUUGUGGACGCUCGGGUCUUAUUGACGAGGGAAAAAUGCUUUUUGGUCGAAUGUUAACCGUUUAUGGGAUCAGGCCAACAAUUGAGCAUUAUGGAUGCAUGGUGGAUUUAUAUGGGAGGGCAGGCUUGAUCGACGCAGCUUAUGGAAUCAUCAGGAAUAUGUGGAUGGAACCAAAUGGAGUAAUAUUAAGGAGCUUCCUGGGUUCCUGCAAAAAUCAUGGCCGGUUUAUUUUGGAUGAUUAUGUGAAGAAACUUCUGUUCAAGCUAGAGCCUGAGCUCGGGGCAAAUUAUGUUCUUGCUGCGAGUGUUUCCUCUUUAUCCAGUUCAUGGGAUGAUGCAGCUGACUUAAGAACCAUUAUGAAACAAAAGGGUCUUAAUAAGGUUCCUGGAUACAGUUGGGUGUUGUGAAUGAGAGAAUAUGGAGUUAGCCCAGGUGCAUGCGGAUGUUAAUUUGCUUUGCUCUUCACUAUUCUCAUUGCUGGUUUGAUUAAUGAAUGCCUGCCCACUAUAUCCAGUCAGCCCAAGAGUCGGAGGGCAACAUACUCGGCAUUUUCCACUUCCACAGCGCUUGCUUUUCGAGGUUGGAGAUUUAUGGUUGCUCUGAUUCAUGAAGAAUUUCUGGUGAUACUAAUAGGGAGUUUUAGGAACCCUUAACCGGGUUUAACCAGAGAGAAUAUAAAAGGACCAGACUUUCUUCACGUGGUUUCACAUGGAGUCUUCAUCUUGUACACUCGCUUUCACAUAUCUUAAAAGCUUCUUCCAUGGCGUUGCAUCCAACUCCGAGAGAUUUUUCGAGUUACAGUCCUUCGGAGAAAUGGGUCCUCUCUGCCGUGGCCGUAAGCCUUUGUGGGUUUUUGGUUUAUGUCAUCUAUGAUGCGAUACUGGGCACUGCCUGCGAGCUUUUGCAGAGGUUUCUUGCUGUUUCUCCUCUGUUAUUGAUCAUUACCGUUCACUGGCUCUCGACCGGCUGUCAUGUCAGCGUUCCUUUUCCGGGAUCAGAGCCAAGCGCCAUCCAUCGGGCCGGUGGCUUCCCCUGGGGCGUGGCUUUGGUGCUUCUGUUUCUCCUCUAUCAUGUUUUGCCUGCCUUUUGCAUCUGCCUCUUUGUAAGCUUCUUGUUCAUGCAUACAUGUGUUUAGAGAUAUAACUGUAACAAUGAUCAUGCCAAGAAAUUCCUCAACCCUUUA